CUCAUGCUGGAGUUUUGCUAAUAAACUAGACCUAGGCCGGCAGUCAGUGUUCUUACCAUGAAGACGGCAGGUACCUUUGUGUUCCUAGCGCUGGCAUGUCUCUGCUGCGUCUCAGGUGAUGCCAGCCAAGAUAUACAGGAGGAGUGCAAGGAGCUGUGGCAGCUGUUCCGCAGCGGGCUCUUUCUUUGCCAUCGAGAUAACAACCCCGUCCGCGGCCCCGACGGCACAACGUACUCCAACAAAUGCAUCAUGUGCAGAAAGCUGAUGGUGAAUCAAAGAGAUGCCCUGCUGGGUGACAGAGGGAACACCAACAGGAACCUGACACAAAAGGCCAUUGACUGCAGUGAGUUUCUGCCCCAACUCAACGCCAAAGGAGAGCUGAUCUGCACCAAAGAGAAUGAACCGGUGUGCGAUGCUUCUGGACAUUCGCACCUCAACAAGUGUGUCAUGUGUGCAGACAAGUUCAAACAAGAAGCGCAAAGAGGCGUCCUGCUGGGUAGCAAUAACUCGCAGCCGCCUGUGAGUGGCGCCGGUGGGAUGACCGCGAGGCAGCACACAGGAAGGCACAACUCAGAUGGCUGGAAAGUGCGGCGUGCAGCCUGGCUUCCGAGGAGAGCGCCCGGGGUCGGCAACGGCAUUAUCAUUCCGGUGGACUGCAGGCAAAUUCCGCAUGGAAUCAAGGGCGGAGCGAUUCUCUGCCAGAAUUCCUGGCAGCCGGUUUGCGGCAGUGAUGGGAAGACCUACAGCAGCAGGUGUUCCCUGUGCUCGGAGAUGCAGAGAACUGGGGCCCGCAUCGCGCUGACGUCUGAGGGGGAAUGUGCCGACGCCGCGCCGGUCAAGGCCGACUGCAGCCAGUACCCCCAAACCAAAGGAAAGAUGCUGUGCACCCCGAGCUCCCCGAUGGUGUGCGGGACCGACGGUGUGACACACAGCAGCGAGUGUACGCUGUGCGAUAAAAUCCUGAAAACACGCUCGGAGAUUGGCAUCCGGAAUAUCGGCGUGUGCGCUCAGCCGUAAAGGACUCCAGACCAGCAAGUAUCCAAGCCAAAGAGUGACCCAGGGCAAGCCGUGGAAGAGUUGAUGUGAAGCACCCAGGGAGAUGCUGACUACUCGUCCUAGCCCUGUGCUCUCCAGGGGCUGUCCUGCGCUGGCUCGGGUGCAGGGGGAUGGAAUCAGACGGCCCCGUGGGUCUCCCCCCAGCUCUGCCUCCGAUGUCGCUGCGAUCCCUGUAGCAAGUGCCCGCCGCCGCUCUCCCCUCGCUACCGCUGCCACAGAGGCCGCUCCGCAGAAGCCUGUCGCUUUUCUCCACUAGGCCGCCUGGGAGGGGCGCGUUGAAUCUGCACUAGAUCCGUACCCUCCCCAGAUUACUGGCUGGCCCCCCCCCAGGAUGGGCAGCUGGGCCUGGCUUUGCCCCGCUGAGUCACAUGAGUCCAUGGGAGCCUAUGUGGGACUCCCAGUUGCUGUGAGAAAUCUGGGAUGCUGCCAAGCCAAAAGGGAGGAAGCGUGAUCUAGUGGUUACAGCAUGGCCCUGGGAGCCAGGGCUCUGCGCAAACUCCUUGCAUGGCCUUCGGUGAGGGACUUCACCCCUCUGUGACUCAGUUUCCCCCACCUGCAAAACGGAGGUGAAAAUAAAGACUUCUCUACCGUG